AUGACCUCCUCUGGCACUGAUAGUCAAGUGCCUGUGGCGCCCAUUGCUAGUCCUUCCAGCGGUGAUUCUUUGACGGCACUCUUUGCUCAACUAAACAUCAACGGCAACAACACGGUCUCAUUGACCUCUGCCCUGUCUGUGGUCGUACAAAACGCAGUCAUUGCGACUAUUCAGGAAGUGGCUGCUGCCGCUCCAGUAGUCACCGUUGCAGCUCCUACUGCACCACCCGUCAUCGACUUGAUGGUCACCGUGGCAUCUACUGCAACUAAUUCCACCCCACCGGUAACUACCACACCCCCAGCCAUUGUCGCUGCUGCUGUAACUCACACGCGGGCUCAUCGUGGGGUGAUUUAUAUCACUCCCGAGCCAAAUUCCUGCCGGCCCUUUCUACUGGAUCAGCUGUGGGCGUCGCAUUGGUGUUGUUGCGACUUGGCAGUGGGCAUCCACCUAUGUGACCGGGACAUUAGUACCAUGUAUGAACACUUCUCUCGACUGGUGAAUCAUUUUGAGAUUAAUGCUGGCUGCUCGCACUGGGAAAUCGAAAUGUUGGAACACUUCAAAUAUAAACUCCUUGGACGAAACUCCUCCCUGCUUGUCUAA